AUGCCCACCAACAUAUUCUUUUCCUUGGAUGAUCAUGUCAAAAUAGGAGAUUUCGGUUUGGCGACUGAAGUGUUCUCGAGCAGCAGCAAGGAUGACGAGCUGAACUGCAUGAAACUGAGCAGAUGGCAUACGAAAAACGUUGGUACGGGUUUGUACAUGAGUCCGGAGCAGGAAUCCAGUGACUCGUACACGUCUAAAGUAGACAUUUUCGCGUUGGGUCUGAUUUUCGCUGAACUCUUACUUCCAUUCCAUACGGAAAUGGAGAGGAUAAAAGUGCUGACCAACCUCAAAAAAUUGCGAUUUCCUCCUGAAUUUCCAAAAGUGAACUGUUUGAAGACUGAUCUUGUUAAAAGACUGUUGUCGUUCGACCCUGAUCAGAGACCAAACUGCGAUGAAAUUCUGCGUUCUGAGAUUUUUCAUUCCAUCGCCAUCGCUGGGAACGAACUUGCGCCAGUUCACUGA